UGUAAUCCCUCCCCUACGGUAUCCUUCAAUUUACCAGUUUUCCUUGAUUUUUUUCUUUUCUUAUUUCGAGCGUUAUCAACUAAUGUCAGCACAGAUAUGGGAAUAAAGUGUAAUUUUAAGGGUCUGUCUCAUGUUUAAUAAUGUAACUGCAUAAUGCGUACAUAUGGUACUCCCGCCCCUCAUUGAACAGCCUGCGAUAUACAAAUUUGAAUCAUGUAAACGCAGUAACGGUAGUUGGGGAAAGUAUUGUAACUUACAAUAUGAAGACGCUGAAUUAAAUGUCCCGUAAUUUCGCACGCAAGACCUAAAAUUUUAAAACUAAUCUGAAAAUUGGCUCGCGUUCGUUAUGGGGCUAACAGUUCUCCUAAAACAGUGUUAAGACAAGUGUCCAUACUGCUAAGUGAUGCACAGUUUAACAUUCAAUUAAUAUUAUUUCAAACUCAGCCGGGUUGCCUUUGGAUGCUGUGUUUUAUGUGUUUUCGUAAUAGUGCAUCCGGUUCAUUUUGAUACUCCUAUGUUAUAUUAUUUCAAAAAUCAGUUGUUAGAGUUUUGGGGGAAAUGCGUCAUGUAAUAGUGAAUGAAGUGAAAUGAAAUUUUGUAUUUCUGCCUGUCGGGUUUCGCUGUCUCUAAUUGGAAAAGACCUCUGGGCGUGAUCCACAAUCUCGGAGGCUUGGUGGUGAUGUCAGCGUUUUCCUGUACGAGGGAAAAAUAAACAUGGCGGCAAUGCCAGAGUCUCUUGGUUUAGAAAGAGAUGUGUGCAGAGUGAUCGAGCUGCUGGACAGACUGCAGAGGAGUGGGGAGCUGCCCCCUCCCAAGCUGCAGGCCCUCCAGAGAGUGCUGCAGAGCAAGUUCUGUGCUGCUAUUAGAGAGGUUUAUGAGCAGCUGUAUGACACCCUAGACAUUGCAGGAGGACCUGAAGUCCGAGCCCAAGCUACUGCCAAGGCCACCGUAGCAGCUUUUGCGGCCAGCGAAGGGCACGCCCAUCCCCGGGUCGUGGAGCUGCCCAAAACUGAAGAGGGACUUGGGUUCAACAUAAUGGGGGGUAAAGAACAGAACUCUCCAAUCUACAUCUCUAGAGUCAUCCCUGGGGGAGUCGCAGACCGGCAGGGGGGACUCAAAAGGGGUGACCAGCUCCUGUCCGUCAACGGGGUGAGUGUCGAGGGCGAGCACCACGAGAAAGCAGUGGAGCUGUUGAAGGCUGCCCAGGGUUCAGUGAAGCUGGUGGUGCGCUAUACUCCGAAGGUGCUGGAGGAGAUGGAGGCCCGGUUCGAAAAGAUGAGGAGCGCUCGCAGACGCCAACAGCACACCAGCUACACGUCCUUGGAGUCUCGGGGAUAGUUUAGUCCUGUAUGCCAUGAGCUGGUCAGCUCCUUCAGUCACAUGGGCCCAAGGUCUGACAGAAAAUCAAGUGGAAAAUUGAAAUUCCCUUUUAGAUCUAGCUAACUCCUAUGUAUAAUCAAUCAGCUGAGCUGCGUGAUAGCGAACGCUGUAUAGAAAAACUCGUAUGAAACCUCAGAAUACUCUUCGGUGUGCUGCUCCAACCAGAAUAGAUGCAUCGUCAGCCAAGUGUGAAUCACCUCAUUCCUGCAUUAGUGACUUUUAAUGUAAAGUGCUUUUAAUUAUUAUUUUUAAAAAAUAUUUUAUUGGACCAUUGAUCUAUGUGUAUUCAGAGUACUCUCAAAUGCACUGUGUACCUCAGUGAUUGACAUUAAUGCAUAAACCAAAUCGGAGUCUCAAGAGGCGUGUCGGUUACCGUAACUGUACGUAUGUAUGUAUCUAUUUAUUUAAAUUCAUUUAUAUAAAAAAGAAAAUAAACGUAAAAUAUUUUAAAAAUGA